AUGCUUAAGGGUUGUCCAAAGGACCACCCGUCAAUCACACCGGAACCAAAGCGUAUAGCUCGCUUUAUUGGAGGUCUAGCCCCAGAAAUCAAGGCAAGCGUGAAAGCAUCGAGCCCUACUACAUUCAGGUCAGCGGCAGAUCUAUCACUAUCUCUCACACUCGAUGUAGUCAGAAACAAGGCUGCCAAAGCUUCUGAUGAUGGAAAGCGAAAAAAGGAGGAUGAAAAUUCUUAUCACUCGAAUAAGAAGAAAAAGGGGAACUCUGAUCAUCAGAAGAGUUCCGGGUCUAAGAAAGGCAACCAGCAGUCGGGUGAAAAGACCAGGUUCGAACCAAAAUCCCAAUCGCAGCCUAGGGCUUGUGGGAUCUACAAAUCAAGGGAGCAUAAAACAUUGGAUUGCAAGGACAUGGCGAAUGCAGUCUGUUUCGGCUGUGGUGAGAAAGGCCACAUCAAAACUACAUGCCCUACAUCUGUCAAGGGAAGUGCGGCUAAGGAAGGAAAGCCUAAGAAUGAAAGCGCUUAA